CGUAGAAUGAGCCUUACGCUGACAUAGUUUCCACAUAGGAAUCGAGCUCUAACUGGGACGAGUAUAUGUACUUUAGUCACGGCUUCUUCCUGCAACAUUCACUGGAUGGUUUCUCGGUGUGAACUUCGGAAGAAAUAGGGACUGCUGUGUGAGGAGCUGCCGGACACCGCAGUAGAUGCAGCCAGGACGACUUGUUCCACUUGGUCUGUCGACAGGCAAGGGCUUAACGAUGCAUACAGAUGACAUCAUAGAAGAUGUUGGGAGCAUGUCCAGAUUCCAGCUCCUCCUCCUCUUCCUCAUCAUUGGCAGCAAAGUCAUUCACCCAUGGGGCAUGUUGAUGAUGUCGUUUACCGGCGUCCCCCCAGACUUUUGGUGGUGUGAUAAGAACGCUAGUGUCGCCCCUAACGGCGCUAUGAACUACACACACAUACAGCAGUGCCCAUCGUUGGACAGCAACACCACGUGCACGUUCGUGUACAGCCAGGAGAAGGAUACUGUGAUCAACGAGUGGAACCUAGUUUGCGAGCAAAGUGACGUGAAGCCGUUUAUCACUGCUGUACAGAUGGGAGGUGUGGUGUUGGGGGCUGCUCUCGGAGGACAAUCAGGGGAUGCCAUCGGGAGGAAGAAGACAUACUACCUCUCUCUCCUUCUCAACGUCUUCUUCAACUUGGCGGCAGCCUUCUCCGUGUCGUGGCAGAUGUUCACAGUUUUAAGAUUCUUCAUCGGAGCCAUGGUCGGAUCCCUACUAGUCGUCAGCUUCAGCUACUACAUGGAGUUCAUCGGCAAAUACUGGCGGCCAAUGACAGGGACAAUGCCUUUCUGGCCGGUGGGGUCAGCCUUGUUCGCUAUGACAUGCUGGCUGUGCCCUAACUGGUCCUAUCUACAUAUCAUAACGGCUAUGAUCCACGUGCCCUUCCUGUUUGGGUGGUUCGUGGUCCCAGAGAGCAUGCGGUGGCUGGCGGCACAUGGCCAUCUUGAGGAGGCUGAGAAGGUGGUGGACCAGAUGGCCAGGUACAACGGCACGAAGAAACCAGUAAACACCGCAGCCAUCCUCAAACAGGUUGCUGAGGAGGAACUUCGAGGGAGAGAGUCCAACCGAAAAUAUACCUACCUUGAUCUCUACAGACCAUGGAGUUUAUGCUGGAAAUCAUUUAUCAUACAAAUCGUUUGGCUGAAUGUAUCCUCCGUUUAUUAUGGCAUCUCAUUCGGCGUCGGGCGUCUGACGGGCAACCUUUAUCUCAACAUGUUCCUAGUGGCUAUCAUUGACAUUCCUGGGAAGCUAGUCGUUUUCUUCCUCAGCAACAAAAUUGGGAGACGGUGGACGGCGUUCAUAUUCUUUGCAUUGGCGUCAUGUGCGGCUUUCGCUGUGGUCUUCGUGACCAGUGUUGAUGCAGCUGUAGGUGAAUCUGUUACCACCGUCCUCGCACUGGUCUGUAGACUCGGGGUAGCGGCGGCGUGGGCCUGCCAUCUUGUCUUCGCCAGUGAAACAUACCCUACGGUCAUUAGGAACCUGGGUUAUGGUGCUGCUAACACGGCUGCCCGAGUAGGGAGUAUCGUGUCUCCUUAUAUAUUUACUAUGGGAGGGGAUGACUUGAUGCCACCAUUCCUCAUCGUGGGCAUCAGCAUGUUUCUGUGCACGUUGUUGUCGCUGGUCAUGAAGGAGACAAUGGGGGUGCCACUGGAAGACACCACGGCGAACACAUCAAAGAAACCAUGCAACAGCGACGUCAUGGUUGGUUAUAAAAGUAUUCCAUUGAAGAAAGAUGAAGAUAAUGGACUUUUGGAUGAAGAGGUUUAAAGGACGAUGCAAUCAAGAACAGAAUGUUGGUCUCGUCAAACAGUGUAACGACGUUUGGCAUCGAUAUUGGGACUCCGUGCGUCGUUAAUACAUCACAAAGACCACAUAUUAUGCAGUGAAAAACGAUCAUAUUAAACAAUCACCAUCGACUCGGUGUAGAUCUGCAGACAGUAUCUGGAGUAUCCAUCCAUCUCCUUGUUCACAUUUUCAAAGUGUUUUUACUCAUGUUGCUGAUCCGGCGUCGCUUUCCAACGUUUGGAUCCUCUGCCAUUUCUGAUGUAGUGCCUGAAUCAGUUGACGUUUUAAACUGGAGGGCUUUUAGUUCUGACUUGAGGACCUUGGUAAUACCAAAGGGUUUAUUUGGGUUCGGACCAGGGUUUGUAUUUUUUUAACUGAAUUUUGAUUUUGAUUUUGGUGAUGCUUUAUCAAUGCUAAUAUUGAAAAGCUUCCAAGUGAUUUUAAUAGGUCUUUCCAUAGGUCGCAUUUUAGGAACUUUUCUAAAUGCACAUUCGUAUGUAUACACAAGUUCAUGAUACAUUGUUAUUUCAAUGCUAUUUCAUUAAUAUUUCAGUUAUUUUAUGCUAAUAUUGAAAAGCUUCCAAGGGAUUUUAAUAGGUCUUUUCAUAGGUCACAUUUUAGGGCCUUUUCUAAAUGCAUUCGAAUGUACACACAAGUUCAGGGCCCUAGUUCAGACUUAUGUAUUCGUGUUGUUUUCAAUACAAUGAGUCAUUCUGAUUGUGUAAGAGGUAAAAUCAUACAUAAGAUGUUGUAUCUGUCGCACAAUUCAAAUUUCAAACGGAGAACGGUUCAAAGCUUCAAAAUUGUGAUAUCCUAGGUGCGUGUGUGUAUAUAGGUGUCUGUCUAUAUGCGUGUCAGUGUGUGCGUUUUUGAAGCCGGGGGAGGGGAAAGAGAUUCUCCAAUUACUUUCUCCAGGAUUUGGUGCCUUCAAGGCAAUCUUCUUUCAGGGCAUGUUUGUUGUCCAUAUUUAUUUAUAUUUAACUGACGACAACAACUAGUUAUGUUACUGAACAAUGUUAUCGUUUUAUGACAUAAUAUCAUCCAUGAUGAUUAGCCUUAAUACUAAAUAUCGAAUAUCUGCCACUAGCCAAGAAAAUGUAUCUGUUUAUAACUGCCAUUCCAGCUCAUUUUACUGCUGCUGCGCCAAUCAAGGAUCUACACAUUUUUUUACAAUUCCAAUGACGUCUUUUUGUCAUUUCAACUUACUGAUCAACUGUUAAUUUGUUUCUAUCAUUGAUUUCAUUUUUUCCGUCUUUAGUAUAGCAUUGCAGAUAUACUUCGAAUGAUUAUUACAACAGCUGUAUGCAAUACAUUUUUCUGCAAUAAAUACUACCACAGAGUGAG